AUGAAGUUUGCCAAAGAGCUAGAGCAGGAGCUCGUGCCUGAGUGGCGGGCAAAGUAUCUUGACUAUAAGACCGGAAAGAAGAAGGUCAAAGCCAUCACGCGCGCCCUUCAGAAAUCCCACCGCAGUCCCCGGAUCCCGUCCUAUCGCCAGCCCACCCCGCAGAGUCGAGGCGCCCAGUUUCACCUGACACCCUCCAAUACCGAUAAACACCUGGAUGCGGAGAGGAAUGAGCCCUCCACCCCGCAACGAGGCCCGGAUACCCCGGGCGCGCGAUCCACGCCCGUCCAACGGACCGAACGUCAGCCUCUCCGAACGCCCCAGUCGCGAUUCUCGGAAAAUGUGGGCAGCUAUGGGAGCAUCUUGGCGACGCCUCCGCAGCAACACCGUCGGGGAGAGUCGGACGCGGCAUCCUUCGAAUUACCGGAUCCAGCGAUGGACCCGGACGACAACUACCUGCCGACCGAGGAGCACACCGAGCGACCGAGAACCGUGCGAACACCGUCGCCGGUGAUGGAUCGGCGGGUCGCGGGGAGCAUCACCUCCUCACCUUCGCAGCCUGUGGAGGCUUCUCCGGGGCAGAGACCGGUCCUAGAGCAGCGCCCAAGCUAUCAGAGCCCAAUGAGUGGACUUACCAAGGUUCCCUCAAGUAACCGCGGGUCGCAGCUACUAAGGCGCGUCUUCACCGCGGAGGGAGAGCCUGGCGCAAAGCGUUCGCAAGACGCUGGCGGGGCUGAAACCGAGAAGCGGCAUGAUGAGUUCUUUGAGUUCUUAGACUCAGAGCUGGAGAAAAUCGACUCCUUCUAUCUGGCCAAAGAGCAGGAAGCUACGGAGAAGCUCCGUGUUCUCCGUCAGCAGCUACAUGUCAUGCGUGACCAACGCAUCCAAGAAGUCCUGGCCUCAAAGAGACAAAAUAAACAUGAUGACGAAGAUGGCCUUCCAAGAACAAAUGGGUUUACCAAGUUGAACAAUAACCUGAAAGAUACGAUUGUUGGCAAGAAUCGAUUCGGCAAGAAUUCGGAGGCACUCGCCCAGAUGGCAACUCCAGGGAUGCAUCCGCAGGAUCGAGACUUUAUUGUCAAUCGGAGAGACUUCAUGCGUCGGCAAGAACCUCAGACCCAGGAAGUGUCCUACCGCUCUGCGAAACGCAAGCUCAAGCAUGCGCUGCAGGAAUUUUACCGUGGCGUCGAGCUGCUGAAGGGUUAUGCCUACUUGAAUCGCACUGCAUUCCGAAAAAUCAACAAGAAAUACGACAAAGCGGUCAAUGCCCGCCCGCCGCUGCGUUACAUGUCGGACAAGGUGAACAAAGCGUCAUUCGUUCAGAGCGAAGUGACUGAAAGUCUCAUGGUUGCAGUCGAAGACCUGUAUUGUCGGUACUUCGAGCGCGGUAAUCGUAAAAUUGCUGUUUCAAAGCUUCGUCACACUAUCAAUAAGUCGGGCGAUUUCUCGCCCAAUACCUUCCGAUCAGGUCUCUUGUUGAUGGGUGGUGUUCUGUUCUCAAUCAAAGCUCUUGUUGAUGCUACACAAAACCUGCACUCUGGCACAGUCGCCGAGCAGGUUCAAACCAGUUAUCUCCUACAGAUAUACGGCGGAUACUUUCUGAUCGUAUUUCACGUCCUACUGUUCUGCGUGGAUUGUAUGAUCUGGACAAAAUCGAAGAUCAACCAUGCGUUUGUUUUUGAAUACGAUUCUAGACAUACUUUAGAGUGGCGCCAAUUGCUUGAGAUUCCCUCCUUCUUCCUCUUCCUGAUGGGCCUUUUCAUGUGGCUCAAUUUCUCAUGGUACAAUCACAUGUAUAUCUACUGGCCCGUCGUCCUGAUCGGCUUAACGGUCAUCAUUAUAUUCCUGCCAGCUCGAGUGUUACACCACAGGAGUCGUAAAUGGUUUGCUUUCUCGAAUUGGCGUCUUUUGCUCGCGGGCAUCUACCCCGUCGAGUUUCGUGACUUCUUCCUUGGCGACAUGUACUGUUCCCAAACAUACGCCAUGGGAAAUAUCGAGCUCUUUUUCUGCCUGUACGCUUCUCACUGGGGGUAUCCCCCCAAGUGCAAUUCGUCCCACUCUCGCCUCCUCGGUUUCUUCCAGUGCCUUCCCUCCGUUUGGCGUGCGUUCCAAUGUAUUCGACGAUACUUGGAUACACGGAAUGCAUUCCCUCACCUCCUGAACUUGGGCAAGUACCUGUUCGGUGUUCUGUACUAUGCUACCCUUAGCAUGUACCGCAUCGAGCUCUACACGCGCUUCCAGGCUGCCUUCAUCACCUUCGCACUUUUGAACGCCGUCUACACCUCCGUCUGGGAUCUCAUCAUGGACUGGAGUUUAGGUAACCCCUACGCGAAAACCCCCAUGCUCCGCGAAGUGCUCGCCUUCCGUCGUGUGUGGGUCUACUACGCAGCCAUGGUCCUCGACGUGGUCGUCCGCUUCAAUUGGAUCUUCUACGCAAUAUUCAUCACCAACAUCCAACAGUCCGCGCUCCUCAGUUUCGUGAUCGGUUUAUCCGAAGUCUGCCGCCGUGGUGUGUGGUCUAUCUUCCGUGUCGAGAACGAACAUUGCACCAAUGUUCUCCUGUUCCGUGCUUCCCGCGAUGUUCCCCUCCCCUACGACAUCCCCACCGUAACUCCUGAUCUCGAUGGCUCGCCGGAAGACGUCCAAUUACAGGAACAGCAGCAGCAACAGGUUUCCACGCCCUUCACGGGUGCCGACGUCGAACAUGGCACCCCGUCCGGAUCCAGUGUGCGGACCCGCCCCCGCCGCCCUUCCAUUGGUAUCAGUCGAGUCGGCACGAUCGUUGCGUCGGCACACGCUCAGGACUUUGAGCGUAGACGUCUCCCGACGGCGUACUUGUCCCAGGGGAGUGUGGGACGGGAUAUGGCACCCGGUGCAGAGGAUAGCAGUGACGAAGAAGAUGAAGGCGAUCUGAGCACCGAUGAAGACUCAGCCAACGGAGGUCAUCGGUCCCGGCCCGUGUCUGAGCGGAGGGAUCAGAUGGGCCGGAUUGUCGAGUGA